CCGGCCUUGGGAAGGAGGAGAAAGGGGUUGCGGGUGGGGGGGGCACAGUGGAAACCAGCGUCCAGAGUGCCUGGGACUGAGCACGGCCAGCCGGACCCCCGGCGGGGCGGCCGGGAGAGACCCCCCAGGACUUGUCCGCGGCGGCUGCCUCAUGCCGGAGAAUGCUGACUGCUCUCUGGAUGGGCACUGGUGCUUCUGAGCUAACCCAGGAAUAUUGGCGGGCCCAGUCCCGGCCCAUCCCAAGGCCGACGGAAGCUGCAGGCUGAUCUUAGUCCAGAUUUCCACACAGCCUCCAUCCCCUAGAGACUGGCUUUCCUGUCUGUGGUGGCAGUUCCCGGAGCACCUUGAGGGACUAUAUCUCUGCCUGACAAGGAGCCCAUUGCCUGCGACACCAGAUUUGUUUCCCCAGGACCAGGAGUCCGCCAAAGCAUUGAAGCAUGGCGAACUGACACUUGGUUGGACCCGAGUCUUGCCUCUUCCUGGACUCUGAAGCCCAGAGCCUGGCGCAGUGAUCAGAAUGGGUCGUGAGCAGGACCUGAUCCUUGCCGUCAAGAAUGGAGAUGUGACCUGUGUGCAGAAACUCGUGGCUAAAGUGAAGGCGGCAAAAACCAAGCUCCUCGGCUCCACGAAGAGACUCAACAUCAAUUACCAGGAUGCUGAUGGAUUCUCUGCUCUCCACCAUGCUGCCUUGGGGGGCAGCCUGGAGCUCAUAGCCUUAUUGCUGGAGGCUCAAGCCACUGUUGACAUCAAAGACAGCAAUGGCAUGCGUCCCCUCCACUAUGCAGCCUGGCAGGGCCGCCUGGAGCCCGUGAGACUUCUGCUGAGGGCUUCGGCGGCUGUCAAUGCUGCCUCGCUGGACGGCCAGAUCCCUCUGCAUCUGGCUGCGCAGUAUGGGCAUUAUGAGGUGUCAGAAAUGCUUCUCCAGCACCAGUCUAAUCCGUGCCUCGUCAACAAGCUGAAGAAGACACCCCUAGACCUAGCCUGUGAAUUUGGGCGGCUCAAGGUGGCCCAGCUGCUUUUGAACAGCCAUCUAUGUGUGGCACUGCUGGAGGGAGAGGCAAAGGACCCGUGUGACCCCAACUACACCACACCCCUGCACUUGGCUGCCAAGAAUGGCCAUAGAGAAGUCAUCAGGCAGCUCUUGAAAGCUGGUAUUGAGAUCAACCGCCAGACCAAGACGGGCACCGCACUCCACGAGGCUGCGUUAUACGGCAAAACCGAGGUGGUGCGGCUGCUCCUAGAGGGCGGUGUGGACGUGAAUAUCCGGAACACAUAUAACCAGACGGCGCUGGACAUAGUGAACCAGUUCACCACCUCCCAGGCCAGCCGGGAGAUCAAGCAGCUACUUCGGGAGGCUUCGGGGAUCUUGAAGGUUAGAGCACUUAAGGAUUUCUGGAACCUUCAUGACCCCACCGCUCUCAAUGUCCGGGCAGGAGAUGUCAUUACGGUGCUUGAACAGCAUCCUGAUGGCCGCUGGAAGGGCCACAUCCAUGAGAGCCAACGGGGCACAGACCGUGUAGGCUACUUCCCUCCGGGCAUCGUCGAGGUGGUCAGCAAGCGGGUGGGCAUACCUGUGACCCGCCUCCCCUCGGCACCCACCCUGCUGCGGCCGGGCUUCUCCCGGAUGUCGCAGCCCUCUGCUGAUGAUCCCCUGCAGCCCCUCACCUACGGCCAGCUCCCUCGGGUGGGCCUCAGCCCAGACAGUCCAGCAGGUGACAGGAAUAGUGUGGGCAGCGAGGGCAGCGUGGGCAGCAUCCGCAGCGCUGGCAGUGGGCAGAGUUCCGAAGGCACCAAUGGCCACGGCACUGGCCUCCUUAUCGAGAACGCUCAGCCACUGCCCUCUGCCAGUGAGGACCAGGUAGUGUCAGGCCUGCAUGCCCCAUCCCUGGCAGACAACCUGAGCCACCGUCCUCUGGCCGGUUAUCGCUCUGGGGAGAUCUUCACCCAGGAUGUGAGGCCAGAGCAGCUGCUGGAAGGGAAGGACGCACAGGCCAUCCAUAACUGGUUAAGCGAAUUCCAGCUGGAAGGCUACACUGCCCACUUCCUGCAGGCUGGCUAUGACGUGCCAACCAUCAGUCGAAUGACACCUGAGGAUCUGACGGCCAUCGGGGUCACCAAACCUGGCCACCGGAAGAAGAUCGCCUCGGAGAUUGCCCAGCUCAGCAUUGCUGAGUGGCUACCCAACUAUAUCCCGGUGGACCUUCUGGAGUGGCUGUGUGCCCUGGGGCUGCCACAGUACCACAAGCAGCUGGUGAGCAGUGGCUACGACUCCAUGGGGCUGGUGGCUGAUCUCACCUGGGAGGAACUGCAGGAGAUAGGCGUAAACAAGCUGGGGCAUCAGAAGAAGCUCAUGCUAGGUGUGAGGCGGCUGGCAGAACUUCGAAGGGGCUUGCUGCAUGGGGAGGCCCUCGGUGAAGGUGGACGCCGGCUGAGCAGGGGCCCGGAGCUGAUGGCCAUUGAAGGCCUGGAGAAUGGGGAAGGCCCAGCUCUGUCUGGCCCUCGCCUCCUCACCUUUCAGGGCAGUGAGCUGAGCCCAGAGCUACAGGCAGCUAUGGCAGGGGGUGGCCCGGAACCACUCCCCCUGCCCCCUGCCCGUUCUCCCAGCCAGGAAAGCAUUGGUGCACGCUCUCGGGGAUCUGGUCACUCACAGGAGCAACCUGCCUCUCAGCCCAGUCUGGGGGACCCCAGUGCCCCACAGGAGAGGAACCUUCCAGAGGGUACAGAGCGCCCCUCUAAGCUUUGCCCCCCGCUCCCUGGCCAAGGACCUGCCCCUUAUGUCUUUAUGUGUCCACAGAGUUCCCCCUCUAGCCCAGCCCCAGGGCCCCCUCCUGGCGCUCCCCGGGCCUUCUCCUAUUUGGCUGGCUCUCCUGCGGCUCCUCCAGACCCGCCUCGGCCCAAACGCCGGUCCCACAGCCUGAGCCGCCCUGGCCCUGCCGAGGGGGAGGCCGAGGGGGAGGCCGAGGGGCCAGUGGGCAGGGCCCUGGGCAGUUAUGCCACCCUUACUCGGAGACCGGGACGCAGCACCCUUGCCCGGACUAGCCCUAGCCUGACCCCAACUCGAGGGACCCCCCGAAGCCAGUCCUUCGCCCUGCGCGCCCGUCGUAAAGGUCCCCCGCCCCCACCCCCCAAGCGCCUCAGUUCCGUCUCUGGCUCCACCGAGCCCCCUUCCCUCGAGGGAAGCCCGGGACCCAAGGAAGGGGCCACGGGUCCCCGGAGGAGAACACUGAGCGAGCCCACGGGCCCCUCAGAGCCCCCCGGCCCCUCUGCCCCGGCUGGCCCUGUGUCGGACACAGAAGAGGAGGAGCCUGGGCCCGAGGGCGCAUCCCCAUCUCGGGGCAGCUCAGGAGAAGGGCUGCCAUUCGCAGAGGAAGGGAACCUGACCAUCAAGCAGCGCCCGAAGCCAGCUGGUCCCCCGGCCCGGGAGACCCCUGUGCUACCUGGCCUUGACUUCAACCUCACAGAAUCCGACACCGUCAAACGGAGGCCCAAAUGUAAAGAGAGAGAGCCGCUCCAGACUGCACUGUUGGCCUUUGGGGUAGUGGGUGGUGACACCCCGAGCCCCUCUGCUCCCCUGUCCUCCCAGGCCCCCUGUGAGCCCCCCUCAACGUCCCCGAACCCUCCACGGUCCGAGCCUAGCAGCCUUCCGUCUCAAGGAACUCCAGCUCCUCCUCUCAGCCCCCUGUCUCAGCCCCCCGGCCACCACGGGGCCUCUGCUGGGCCAGCUCUGGCAACAGGCGGUCGGCUGCCUGCGGAGACAGAGCCUCCCGCUGCCCCGGCUGCCCUCCUCAAAGUGCCUGGAGCAGGAACAACUCCCAAGCCUGUGUCUGUGGCCUGCACUCAGCUGGCAUUUUCUGGCCCAAAGCUGGCUCCCCGGAUUGGCCCCCGCCCGGUACCUCCUCCGAGGCCUGAGAGUGCUGGGCCUGUGUGUCCCGGCCGGGCCCAGCAGAGACUGGAGCAGACCAGCUCCUCCUUGGCAGCUGCCCUCAGGGCAGCCGAGAAGAGCAUUGGCACUGAGGAGCGAGAGGGCCCCACAGCGACCUCUACCAAGCACAUUCUGGACGACAUUAGCACCAUGUUUGACGCCCUGGCUGACCAGCUGGAUGCCAUGCUGGAUUGAGCAAGACCGGCUUGUGACCCGCCCUCCCAUGGGACCCACCGUGGCCUGCCAGUGUUCACCGCCUGUGGCCCAUCCUGGAAGAAGACCCUGGCACCCAAGGAACAGGCUGAGGCCCUCCCGCGGCUUCCAGCAGUGGCUGUCAGGCCCAAGGGGGGUGGGAAGGACUUGCCAGAGCCUGACUGGAGGGCCUCAGCUGCAGGGGAGCAAGGCCCCUCCUGUGUACAGGCGACUGCCUAGCUUUGGCCCCCGACAGGGACCCUGGUGAGAGCAUUCUCUAGGAGGUAGCCGCAGGGCUUUCGGA